CGUUUUGUAAAUGAAAAGUUAAAAAAUACGACGUUUUCCGACAUUGUUGUUUUCAUGGAAGCACAUGUCGCGACACGCGUACUGACAGAGCGUGGUCUGUAUGCACAAGAAAAGUCGCGUGUGUGCGUUCGCAUCCCAUCAUGCGGAUGGAGUAGAGAUGGAUCUGAGGGUUGGUCGUCAGUUCAGUCAGACAAUCGCAACGAGCAACAACAAGCUUGCUACGGAACGGCCUGUCCGGCGUCGUUUUAAGAUCCGUGCGUGAACCUUCCCUUGCUUCCGUUAAUCUUCUUUCGGUGGUGCUAGAUUGAAAUUCCAGCUGCUUUGACCCGUCCAGCGCUUGCCGUUGUGGUGUGCCUUCGAGAUCGCUCGAUCGUUUGUGCCGUAUUUUAGUUCUUGGGUGCGAUUCUUUGCUACUGAAAGGUUCCAAACCGCUGCCAUCGCCGAUACACAGGGCAUUCGACGUGCGGAUGUUGAAGUGUUCAGUAUGACCAUCAACUGUGACCGACGAAAGCUGCUGCCGAGUGGAACGCUGGUGGCAAUUGUGGAUAAUCCAGCAGAAGAAGUGCUGUAACAAAGUGGUAUUCUAGGAAGCAUAAAAAAACAACGAAAUCCCGUAACGUCUAAGCACCCCGAGUGUCUCGUUCGACCAUCGAAGGAGGCGAGAAGAAACUGUGCGUUUCUUGACGCGCGGCGAGUUGUGUGUGUGUUUCGUUUUUUUUUCCAUUGCCGUCCGCGAUAAAUGCGCGGCGUGUGGCAAAACAACAACAACAGCAGCAGGCGCAACAGCUGGAGCUCGGGGAUAAAAAUAUCAAAAUGAUGAUCUUCUAUAAAAUAAUAUCCGUGCAGUGGUGGUGUAUUUUUAUACUCUAUUCCCAACGCGCCGAAUGUGCAUCGUUCUUCUCGACUGCCGAUUCGAGUUCCGGCAGUACAUCCACCGCCGUUCCUUCGCUUUGUGGUGAAAAUGGGGAAUCCAGCGAGCAGUACGUGAGCGACAAGGGCCCAUCGUCCAGCGUGUUGCUGGCGCUGAGGUCGGAAAAUGGCAAACCAUCCGCGUCGGUGGCCGCUUCCUGCAAGCGCCAGUUCCGUGCGCCCGACGCGUACAAUUUCUUCGUCCGGCUGCAACGGGCCCCCACCGCACCGGGACCCCGGAGUUCGGCGGGCAAGAAGUACGCCAGCAGUAAAACCAGCAACAGCACGCACAGCUGCCCGCUGACGAUCUCACAAUCGGCCAACGGGGAGCUGCUGCCUGCGUGGCGCCUGGAUCCGUGUCUGCUCGAGACGAGCGGCCUGCCGGACGAGCCGAUGCGUUUGCUGCAGGGCAAGCUGAACAUCGUCUGGAACCACGACGGCAACGCACCGAACUACCGGCUUCAUCUCACGGUCGUCGGGCAGGGGACGGUGUGCGUGGAGCGGGAGAAGCACUCCUGCCUGGACUACGCCGGCACGCCGCUGCUGUGCAUUGCCCGCGAGCUCAUCUGCGACGGCCAGCCAAACUGCCCGCCGGUCGGGAACGACGUUCUCGACGAGAAUGAAGUCAUGUGCGCCAAACAUCUCCGGGAGGAGUAUUCGGAAAAUCCGGUCCAGUCGGUCUUCCGCAAGUACAUUCAAAGCACAAUCAAGUCAUUCUUCGGUGGCGAACCGGAUCACGUGCUGCCUCCGGGCACCGCACAAGCGGACGGCACAGUCGACAUAGGCUUGGAGCCAAAGUUUGGCAGUUUGGCAGUGAACUCGCCAACCGGAUUGCCCACUCCUGCACCUCCGGCCGUUCCCGCCACAGAGCCCUCGGUGCCGGCAAAGAAGCAGCGCAGUUCGCUGACGGGCCUCUCGAAGUACGGCCCCUGGGGCUACCUGUUUCUCGGCAUGCUGAUCUGCGGUAGCGCAUUGCUGAUUUGCGGUUUGUGGGAAUGCUGCUGCCGGUCGCACAAACCCGAACAAAGCCCGGACGAUUCGCUGCCCGAUCCGGUGCCAUCGUUUCUACAGACUUCCCCGGGCGGUGGCGAUGGGGGACGGCUUGGGGCUGGACCAUCGCCCGGUCUCACCGCGCCCCCGUACGGGGAGCUUGAUCCGCCACCCGCCUACUCGGUGCUGUUUCCGAACCAAAAACCCUCCGACGUUAACCCCGACGACGCAAGCCCCGACACUGUCGAUAGCCAAGAGUCGACCUCCCGGCUAGCUGAUUCACCGCCACCGGACGGUUCCGGCGUGAUAAUGGAUGCGGAAACCGGCAGCCAAUCGCAGGAAGGUGAUGAAGUUGCCGAUCAGUCCGUUUCGUCGACCGCUUCAUUAUCCGUCUCGCUCUAGCAUUGGAGGCUGAAAAGCGGUGGUCCUCAAGCCUAUGCUGUUGAGGUAGGUUAGGAUAGUUAGGAUAUGAUAUUAUAUUUCCCUUUCUUUACGACCGUCUUACAACACUAGUUUUGCCGCGUGCUACACCUAUAGACGCGGAACACUCGUCGAUGAAAGUCUGAGAAAACAACGAACUUUUCUUCUUUUUAUAUUCUUUUCUAAACCUUUUUUUUAACUACUAAAACGAAAUAUUCGAAGAAUUAAUUUAAACUCUCUGCGAAACACCCCCUCCCAGCAACAUUCCACUAAGACAAUACACGUUUAUCAUCUCGAUCGAAAGGCAACAGGUGCGCCGUGAAGUUAUAGUAGGAGGGUGCUGUUAUAGGCUGAGAACCACAAACGCACAGACCGAGGGACCAAAUGAUAGUGAACGCGAGGCACGAAAAACCCGACUACGAACAAACCAAAUACCAACGACGCAUUUCACCAUGACACGAGAGGUUUUUAGCACGGUAGCGUUUUAGCAGACACAUUGAUCAAAUUGUAGGAAACUCAAGAAGAGGGGGAAGCAUGGAGAUAACGAGAACAGUAUGGUUGUUAGUACAUGCCAAAAAGAAUGAACAAAAAGGUAAAUAAAUAAAUAAAGCGUUUAAGAACAUAUGUUUUAGAAGGUAGCGGUUAGUUAGUCAUUGAGGAUUAUUGUUCAGGUUCUUUGUUCAGAUUUGCUUGUGUCCCUUUAAGGAUUUAGCCGAUGAGGAGGUUUUGAAAUACGGCGUUCAUUUACUUGUAGUAGAUAAGGGUUUCUUUCGUAGUAGUUUAAGGAAGCGAGGACAUGCCGCAUAUGGACACCACAACAUUACAAAAAAAGGAAACAAAUAUUUACCCAGACAUACACUUCACAGACCAAUCAUAGAUCCGUAGCGGAAAUAGUUAGGAAAGCCAAUCCACGCCAAUCAGGAGGUACCGAUAUAAAAAUUCUCACUUAACGUUUAAGGGACGCAUUUAAGGAACCACGUAGGAUUUCGGCCUUGGUGGCUACACGCGUGCGCUGAUAAGAAACUACUAAACAACAAUACGUAAUGUGAUAUUAAUUUAUUGAUCAAAAACGAAAUAAACGCAUCGAAUUCUUUCACAUGGAAA